AUGCCGGGCAAGGCGCCUCAUAUCAGUGAGCUGCCUAUCACUUGGAAGAAUUGGUACCGGCAUCUCAAUUGGCUGAAUGUGUUUUUUGUUAUCAUUGUCCCUGUUUUGGGCUUCCUUGGGGCGAUAUGGACACCUUUGCAUCCCUAUACCGCUAUCUUUGCUGCGGUGUACUACUUUAAUACUGCUCUGGGAAUCACAGCGGGAUACCAUCGACUGUGGUCGCACACAUGUUACAAGGCAAAGCCACUACUCCAGGUUUACCUGGCUGCCGUUGGUGCCGGUGCUGUCCAGGGGUCCAUCAGGGCAUGGUCUCGAGAUCAUCGAGCACAUCACAGGCAUACCGAUACAGAGAAGGACCCUUACUCAGUCCGCAAGGGCCUCAUGCAUUCACAUCUCUGGUGGAUGAUCUUCAAUCAAGAUCCCAAAAAGCUCGGUCGGACUGACAUGACCGACCUGAAUCAGAAUCGUGUUGUGAUGUGGCAACAUCGGAACUACCUGCUAGCUGUAAUUAUCAUGGCCUGGGGCCUUCCGACUCUGAUAUGUGGCCUAUGGGGUGACCGAAUGGGAGGAUUCGUCUACGCUGGCAUCUUGCGGUGCUUCUUCCUCCAGCAAGCCACGUUCUGCGUGAACUCGCUGGCGCACUGGAUUGGGGAGCAGCCAUUUGACGACCGCCGCUCGCCCCGCGACCACUUUCUGACGGCUGUGGUGACCUUGGGCGAAGGAUACCACAACUUUCACCACGAGUUUCCAUCGGAUUAUCGAAACGCCAUAGAAUGGUGGCAGUACGACCCUACGAAGUGGAUGAUUUGGCUGUGGAAACAGGUCGGUCUUGCCAGCGACCUCAAGCGUUUCCGUCGGAACGAAAUCGAGAAAGGCCGCAUCCAGCAACUCCAGAAAGCACUAGACCGGAGGCGCAGCCAGUGUGAUUGGGGUCUUCCACUGGAGCAACUGCCCAUUAUGUCGUGGGAUGAUUUCGUGGCAGAGACUCAGGUGAACGGCAAGGCCCUUGUGGUGGUGGCUGGCGUCAUUCAUGAUGUUGUAGAUUUCGUUGAUGAGCACCCGGGUGGCAGGUCUCUUCUUGCUUGCUACAUCGGUAAGGACGCAACUGCUGCGUUCAAUGGUGGUGUCUAUGAUCAUUCCAAUGCGGCCCAUAAUCUGCUGGCGACCAUGCGGGUCGGCGUCCUGCGCGGUGGCUGUGAGGUGGAAAUAUGGAAACAGAAAGCGUCCUGA